AGAAAAUCACCAGGAGCCAGGAGCAGAAGAGAACUUACAAGCACCAGCAAUAUCUUCAGACGUGCCCUCCGUGGCGUGUUUUCAAAACUCGUGGCCCCUGUGUGUCAUUAGGAAGAUGGUUGGAUCCUGCUUGAAAAGCCCGUCGGUAACAUUCGACAACAGAUGUAACCUCUAACGUUUGUGUGACUAGAUUAAUGUUCUGGAGUCAGUCAUCAGGCUCGUUACUACUGGAUUUUCUCUGGUCCAUGCUAAUAAACUAGAUUAUUGAUUUUCGGAUUUUCUGUGUAUCCAAGGAUAGUCUCUACAAUGUCUUUAUAAUGUUUCAUGCUUCAGUUGUCAACCAAAAUGACAUAACAAUGAGUAAUCAUUUUCUAAUCACGUUGAAAUAGGUUCCAAAACAGUGUAUAAAAUGGAUCUAACCAGCCUUGGAGCCACAGAAACAUCGUUGCUGUCACUCCUCUGGCUGGGUGGAGGUCAUCCCUACCUGCCUGCUAUCUUCCCCAGGAAUUAGCUGAAUUCACAGCUUAAGACCUUUGAUAGUCAGAAAUCUGCUUUCCAAUAUGUUUGAAUGGCAGGACAGCUCCAAAGACACCUCCACCUAAAUAGGAUUUUAGCACAUCAGGUGCUAUUGCAAAGUACAGCCGGCUGGGUUGCCGCGUGGUGGGUGGUGUUUAUUCAUCUUCUCUUCUCCUUUCAUGUGUAUGGAUGGACGAUGCUCGCCGUAUAUGCCCAGCUCUCGGGGUGUAUGGGCUGGGGAUCGCAUGCAUAGAGUGCAUGUAUAUGUAAAGUAGAAACGGAACCUGGGCAACAAAAUGAACUUCUGUGUGCAAGAACUCUAUGAAGUACACCCAGCUGCCGGCAGCAACUGCUACAUGCAGGCCACUGAUUAUUACGCAUAUUUCAAAGACAGUCCAGGUUACAGUGGUUGCAACGCUCAGGCUGUGCCCAGUAACAACAUAUAUAUGGAACAGGCCUGGGCAGUGAAUCAGCCUUAUACCUGUAGUUACCCUGGAAACAUGCUGAAAAGCAAGGACUCUGACUUGGACAUGGCCCUGAAUCAAUACAGCCAACCUGAAUAUUUCACCGAAGAAAAGCCUACUUUUUCUCAACUGCAGUCGCCAUCGUACUCUCAGAAAAAAGGCUACAUCCCCAGUUACUUAGACAAGGACGAGCUAUGUGUCGUGUGUGGUGACAAAGCCACCGGCUACCACUACCGGUGCAUCACGUGUGAAGGCUGCAAGGGUUUCUUUAGAAGAACCAUUCAGAAAAAUCUCCAUCCAUCCUAUUCCUGUAAAUAUGAAGGAAAAUGUGUCAUAGACAAAGUUACAAGAAAUCAGUGCCAGGAAUGUCGCUUUAAAAAAUGCAUCUACGUUGGCAUGGCAACAGAUUUGGUCCUGGACGACAGCAAGCGUCUGGCCAAGAGGAAGCUGAUCGAGGAGAACCGAGAGAAGAGGCGGCGGGAGGAGCUGCAGAGAUCCAUCGGUCACAAGCCCGAGCCCACCAACCAGGAGUGGGAGCUCAUCAAGACCGUCACCGAGGCCCACGUGGCCACCAACGCCCAAGGCAGCCACUGGAAGCAGAAGCGGAAGUUCCUGCCAGAAGACAUUGGACAAGCACCAAUAGUAAACGCCCCAGAAGGUGGAAAGGUCGACUUGGAAGCCUUCAGCCAUUUUACAAAAAUCAUCACACCAGCAAUUACCAGAGUGGUGGAUUUUGCCAAAAAGUUGCCUAUGUUUUGUGAGCUGCCAUGCGAAGACCAGAUAAUCCUCCUCAAAGGCUGCUGCAUGGAGAUCAUGUCCCUUCGCGCUGCUGUGCGCUACGAUCCAGAAAGUGAGACUUUAACCUUGAACGGGGAGAUGGCGGUGACUCGGGGCCAGCUGAAAAACGGGGGUCUCGGGGUGGUGUCAGACGCCAUCUUCGACCUGGGCAUGUCGCUGUCUUCUUUCAACCUGGAUGACACUGAAGUCGCUCUCCUUCAGGCCGUCCUGCUGAUGUCUUCAGACCGCCCAGGGCUUGCCUGUGUUGAGAGAAUAGAAAAAUACCAAGAUAGUUUCCUGCUGGCCUUUGAACACUAUAUCAAUUACCGAAAACACCACGUGACUCAUUUUUGGCCAAAACUCCUGAUGAAGGUGACAGAUCUGCGGAUGAUUGGAGCCUGCCAUGCCAGCCGCUUCCUGCACAUGAAGGUGGAAUGCCCCACGGAACUCUUUCCCCCAUUGUUCUUGGAAGUGUUUGAGGAUUAGACUGACUCAUUCUCAUAAUUCCAACAGCACUGCUGGGUGUCAUUUCAUUCCAUUGCCUAGCUCUUUUUUGUUUGUUCCUUUAUUUCUUUGUGUUGGGAGGGAUUGUUUGGGGGAAAGGGGAGGUAGUCCUUGGCCUAGACAUGGAUGAAAUUGCCCCUUGAAUGCGGGUACUUGUAACUACUGCAUUUUGUUCUCCAGUCCUUUGAUGUGAAUGCUUUGGAGGUUUUACAGUUGUGGAGGUGGCAGGGGACAAUCAUUAAUUCACCAGCACCAAGCCAUCACCAGCUCCCAUCUGUCCCAGUCAGAGACUGGAGCAAGCAGAAUGGUGCGGCAGAAGACUAAAGAAGACUUAAAACCAAGACAAUAUCGUCAUCUUGAACCGAUCCUGAUUUUUGCAGCACUCAGAUUAGCACAUUGCAGACCACCUUUGGUUAGAUGUGGCUUUCAGCUUCCUAGGGAAAGGUCUGCACAAAUUUUUAUCUAUUCAAGAGCAUGCUGUUUUCAGCACUCUUUAUUCUCUCUUAGCAGCCUAACCUGGAAUGUAUAGGAAUAUUUGUUUCCCAACAAUUAGCUGUCCUUUCACUAUAAUUAUUACAAUCCUAUGAUUUAAUUCGAGUUAUACAAGGGCAUGACUCAAAGGUGUGCAGGUGUUUGACUGAUUGAGGCCAACUAGGAAAAUAAUUUCCUUCAGUAAGC